AUGCUUUCAAACAAAUUGGCUAUCGCCAGCUUAUCUCUGGGCCAACACCCUUCUCAUCGCCUGGAUCAUAAAAUCCGAGCUUCAGCAGAAGCUGGAUACGAAGGCAUUGAGGUUGUCUAUUUUGAGUUGGAAGCGUUUUCUCAAGCUCAAAACAUUUCGAUUGUGGAGGGUGCCGAGAAAAUUCGCGACUUAUGCCAAAAGCUCAACUUGAGCAUUCUGUCUUUGGCGCCCUUUGAGAAUUACGAAGGAGACCGAUCGCCAAUCGAAGACAGACUGGCGAAGGCAAAACAUUGGAUUGGAAUCGCCAGAAUCCUUCGCGCGCCAUAUUUGCAAAUCCCGUCAAAUUUCAAAGCGGACGCCAUAGGAGAUAGAGACGUGGUCAUCAGUGAGCUGAGGCAAAUUUCCGAUAUCGGAAGUGCGGAGGAGCCGGUCGUAUCAAUUGCAUAUGAAUAUCUGUCCUGGGGAACGCACUGCUCUACAUGGCAAGUCGCUUUGCAAUAUGUCAACGAAGUUAAUCGACCAAACUUCGGUUUAUGUCUAGACACUUUUCAUGAAGCUACAAAGCUAUGGGGUGACCUUUUUGCUGCGUCGGGUCGCUUCCCUGACUCCGAUGAAGUCCUUCGCGAGUCCCUGAACGAUUUUAUUGCCAAUUGCCCUGUUGAAAAGAUAUUCUUCAUCCAGCUAUCUGACGGCGAAAGAUUCGAUCCUCCAUUCUCCAAAGAUCACCCGUGGUUUGUCGAAGGGGAAGCACCACAAUUCACUUGGUCCAAACACGCACGACCGUUUCCGUUUGAGCAUGAUCAUGGCGCUUAUCUUCCAGUUGCUCGGAUUUCUCAGGCUUGGAUCCUCGCGACUGGCUUCACAGGCUGGAUUUCAAUGGAGAUUUUCGAUCGUGGCAUGCGGGAUAAAAGCAGCCAGCCAGAAACUGCUGCCAUGAGGGGGAUAGAAUCAUGGAAAACUCUACAAACUGAGCUUAGGUCAAUCUCAUAA